GUUGCGGCUGUGCUGGCUGCUGAGGUUGGGGCUACCCCCGGGGAGGCGAGCUAUGGCCGCGGGCUUCUGGGCUCGGCUGCCGCUGCGGCUGUUGUUACUGGCGGCGGUGUCGCUGUGCGCGGGUGCCGAGGAUGGCCGCUGCGACUACUACGAGUUGUGCCCGGCAACCCAGCCCUCUAUGCUCAAUGUGCACCUCCUGCCCCAUACUCACGAUGAUGUCGGCUGGCUCAAGACUGUGGAUCAGUAUUACUAUGGAGCUCAAAAUAGCAUCCAGCAUGCCGGUGUGCAGUACAUCUUGGACUCAGUGGUAUCAGCUCUGCUGGCUAAUAAGUCUCGUCGUUUCAUCUAUGUUGAGAUUGCUUUCUUCUCCUACUGGUGGAACAAACAGACAGCCCAGAGGCAGCAGGAAGUGCGACAGUUGGUCUGCCAGGGGAGGCUCCAGUUUGCCAAUGGUGGCUGGGUCAUGAAUGAUGAGGCCACCACAUACUAUGCAGCCAUCAUUGACCAGAUGACUUUGGGGCUGAACUUCCUGAAAGAUACCUUUGGGGACUGUGGUCGCCCUCGAGUUGCCUGGCAUGUCGACCCCUUUGGCCACUCACGGGAGCAGGCUUCCCUCUUUGCUCAGAUGGGCUUUGAUGGCUAUUUCUUUGGCCGUCUGGAUUAUCAAGACAAGGAAAGGCGGAAGAUUCAAAGGGAGAUGGAGCAGGUCUGGAGAGCGAGUGUCAACUUACAGCCUCCUCAUGCUGACCUUUUCACUGGUGUCCUGCCCAAUGGCUACAGUCCACCCCUGAACUUCUGCUGGGAUAUGCUCUGCUCUGACUACCCACUGGUGGAUGAUCCAGAUAGCCCAGAGUAUAAUGUAAAAGGGCUGAUCAAGUACUUCCUGAACAUCUCUGCUGUCCAGGCCCAAUAUUACCGAACCAACCAUAUCGUGAUGACCAUGGGCAGUGAUUUCCAUUAUGAAAAUGCCAAUAUGUGGUUCAAGAACCUGGAUAAGCUGAUUCAGUUGGUCAAUGCUCAGCAAAGCAAUGGAGGCUCCAUCAACAUCCUCUACUCUACCCCAGCCUGUUACCUGUGGGAGCUGAAUAAGGCCAACCUUACCUGGUCAGUGAAGCAGGAUGACUUCUUCCCCUAUGCAGAUGGUCCUUAUCAGUUCUGGACUGGCUACUUCACCAGCCGCCCUGCCCUUAAGCGUUAUGAGCGCCUGAGCCAUAAAUUUCUGCAGGUUUGUAACCAGCUAGAGGUACUGGCUGGGCCUGCAGCCUCAGUAGGAUCCUAUGGACAAGGGAGCAGUGCUAGGCUCAGACAAGCCAUGGCCGUGGCCCAACACCAUGAUGCUGUCAGUGGCACAUCAAAGCAGCAUGUGGCCAAUGACUAUGCCUGGCAGCUGGCUGCAGGCUGGGAGAAAUGCCAGGUCCUGGUAAGCAAUGCUUUGGCAAGCCUGGGGAACUCCAAGAAGGAUUUUGUGUUCUGUAAUCAGCUGAAUAUCAGUGUAUGCCCGCUGAGCCAGACAGCCAACCAUUUCCAGGCCAUUCUGUAUAAUCCCUUGGCAUGGACCAUCACCCAGACUGUGCGAUUGCCUGUUGGUGCUUGGGCCUACCAUGUGACAGAUCCCAGUGGACAAUCAGUGCCCAGCGAGGUUAUUGAUGUAUCAGCUGAAGGAUCAGAGAAUUCCCCUCGUGAGCUGAUUUUCCCAGCUUCAGCCCCUCCUCUUGGCUUCAGCAUCUAUUCAGUGACUCGUCUGCCUAGCAGAACACUCCAAUUCAGGGAUUGUUGUUCACCUCCUGUGGCCCAGAGUUCUGGCCCUCUGGUCAUCCAGAAUGAGCACCUCCGGGCUAUAUUUGAUCCAAAUACUGGGUUUCUUCAGGAGAUUGAAAAUCUUGACCUGGGAUUGUCAUUGCCAGUCAGUCAGUCCUUCUAUUGGUAUAAUGCCAGCACUGGGGACAUUAAUCAUCCACAGGCCUCUGGUGCCUACAUCUUCAGGCCAGCCAAAACAAAACCAUUUCCUCUGAGACACUGGGCUAAUACUCGCCUAGUGAAGAAAGCCCUGGUGCAGGAAGUGCAUCAGAAUUUCUCUGCCUGGUGCUCCCAGGUGGUGCGGCUGUACCCUGGACAGCGGCACUUGGAGCUGGAGUGGACGGUGGGGCCUGUGCCCAUUAGGGACGGAUUCGGGAAAGAGAUCAUCAGCCGCUUUGACUCCCAGUUGAAGACCAAUGGACGUUUCUACACUGACAGCAAUGGCCGGGAGAUCCUGGAGAGGAGGCGGGAUUACCGGCCCACCUGGGACUUUAAGCAGACCGAGCCCGUCGCUGGAAACUACUACCCCGUCAGCAGCCGCAUCUACAUCACGGACGGGCAGGUCCAGCUGACGGUGCUGACAGACCGGUCCCAAGGGGGGAGCAGCCUGAGGGAUGGGUCCCUGGAGCUGAUGGUUCACAGGCGACUGCUUGUGGAUGAUGACCGUGGUGUGGGGGAGGCCCUGCUGGAACCCGGGGACGAGCCCGGCACGGGGCUGGUGGUGAGGGGCAGACACCUGGUGCUCCUGGACACCGUGGAGGCAGCGGCGGCUGGGCAUCGCCUCCAGGCUCAGAGGGAAGCUCUGGCCCCCCAGCUGGUGCUGGCCUCCUCGGGGCAGGACGUCCCCCACAGCCCAGGGAGCCCCGCACGCACACAGUUCUCCGGACUUCGCAGAGAGCUGCCCCCUGCUGUGCACCUGCUGACCCUGGCCCUGUGGGGCCCCAGCACGGUCCUGCUGCGCCUGGAGCACAUCUUUGAGCGCGGCGAGAGCAGAGCCCUCAACCUGUCCCAGCCCGUGACCGUGGACCUGCAGGAUCUCUUCUCAGCCUUCACCAUCAGCCGCCUAGAGGAGACCACUCUGGCCGCUGACCAGCUGCUCUCCAAGGCCAGCCGGCUCCAGUGGAGGACCAGCACGGGAGGCCCUGCCCGCCCCCAGCCAGCCCCCUUCCUGGACCCCUCGGCGGUCACUCUGCAGCCCAUGGAAAUCCGCACCUUCCUGGCCUCUGUCACCUGGAGCGAGGCAAGGGACGGAUGAGGAGGCCUGAGC